CGAAUUUUCACCACUAUAAAACCGUCUCAAGAAACUCCUCAAUCUCCAAAACAACAUUCCUAACACAAAAUCCCAAAAAACUAAAUCUUUUUCUUAGUAACAUUUUCAAUCUAUGGCUUCUCCUUCGCUUAUCGUUUCUAUCUUUUCCUUCAUCUUCUUAUUCUCUCUCGCCGCUGCAAAUGAAGUAACCGUCGGUGGAAAAUCCGGUGACUGGAAGAUCCCUCCUUCCUCUUCUUACUCAUUCACCGAAUGGGCUCAAAAAGCUCGCUUCAAAGUCGGCGACUUUAUUGUUUUCCGGUACGAAUCUGGUAAAGACUCGGUUUUGGAAGUAACUAAAGAAGCUUACAACAGCUGCAACACCACGAACCCUUUGGCUAACUACACCGAUGGAGAGACCAAAGUGAAAUUAGACCGUUCGGGUCCAUUCUACUUCAUUAGUGGAGCUAAUGGUCACUGUGAGAAAGGUCAGAAGCUGAGCCUUGUUGUGAUCAGUCCUCGUCACAGUGUCAGCUCUCCGGCUCCUUCUCCGGUUGAGUUUGAAGAUGGUCCAGCUUUGGCUCCAGCUCCAACCAGUGGCUCAGUUAGGCAUGGUGAUGGUCUAUAUGUUGUGUUAGGUCUUGUUCUUGGUCUAUUGGCUUGGUUCUGAUUUGGAACCAUGUGAUGAGUUUGCUUUUUAGAAUGAGCUUUUUUGUUUUAAAAAGCUUUUUUUUUUAAAUGAUUACAUGUUGUGUUGUUUAGCUAAGAGAUCUUUGUCUUUGGCUCCUUGCUACUAUUUUAUUAUAAAUUCAAUUUAUUAUUAUUUCUCAAGA